AUCCCAAAGCAGGUGAUGCAGGGUGAGGAACAGCCUGCUGACAGAGUUCGACUUCCCAAGAGCCUGUUUGGAGCCCUCCUGCCUGGCAACGGGUCUGCUGUCCGGUUGGCCAUAACUAUUCUGAACAUUAGUGAAGGGGAUGUCUUCAAGGGCCCCAAGCUCCUCCAGGACAAUGGUGGCAGCGUGUUGAACAGCCGCAUGGUGGGCUUGAGUGUGGGCCAGAUGCAUGCCACUGGACUGCCGGAGCCGGUGGAGAUCACCUUUUCCCACCAGCACCAACCACCUAAUAUGAUCCUCACUUGUGUGUUCUGGGAUGUGGCUAGAGGUACCACAGGAAACUGGGAUACCCAAGGCUGCUCCACAGAGCCCGGGGAUGAGAGGACUGUCUGCCGCUGCGACCACUUGACCUUCUUCGCCUUACUGCUGAGGCCGAUCUUGGACCUGGCCACAGCACAGACUCUCACUCACAUCUCCCAAGCAGGCUGUGGAGUCUCCAUGAUCUUCCUGGCCUUCAUCAUCAUUCUCUAUGUUUCCCUCAGGCUCUCUCUGCAGAGGUUCAAGUCUGAAGAUGCCCCUAAGAUCCACAUGGCUCUGAGCAGCAACCUGUUUCUCCUGAAUCUUACCUUCUUGAUCAGCGUGGGGAGCAGCUCUCAAGGCCCUCCAGCUUCCUGCUGGUUCCGAGCUGCCAUCCUCCACUACUUCCUGCUGUGUGUCUUCACCUGGAUGGGCCUGGAGGCCUUCCACCUCUACCUGCUGGCCAUCCGGGUCUUCAAUACUUACUUUGGACACUACUUCCUGAAGCUGAGCCUGCUGGGCUGGGGCCUUCCUGCUCUUGUGGUUAUUGGAGCUGGGAGUAGCAACAGUUACGGUGUUUACACUAUUCGAGACCAGGAGAACCGCACCUCGCUGGAGCUGUGCUGGUUCCAGAAAGAGCCCGCCCUUUAUGCUACUGUCCACGCCUACUUCCUUGUCAGCUUCCUCUUUGGAGCUGUGGUGCUGGCACUGGUGGCCUGGAAGAUCUUCACUCUGCCCAGUGCCACAGCGGGCAAAGAACAGGGGCAGACCUGGAAGUCGGUCUUCACUGUGCUGGGCCUCUCAAGCCUGGUGGGCAUGACCUGGGGGCUGGCUGUUCUCACCCCCCUGGGCUUGUCCACCAUCUACAUCUUCGCCCUCUUCAACUCGCUGCAAGGAGUCUUCAUCUUCGGCUGGUUCACCAUCCUCUACUUCCCAAGGCAGAGCACCACGGCCUCCUCCUCCGGCACUGCCCGCAUGGACCAGGCCCACUCCGCGUCACAGGAGUAGGUGGCUGCAGUUUGCUCUCACCUCCGGCUGGGUUGAGCGACCUGGGACAGCUCCCUACUUCCGUGGUCUCCGUUGCCUUCUCUGCACAGCGUGUCUGAGGAGGGAGAGGAUGAGGACCGGGCUGGACCAUGUGGCUUCAAAGCUCCCAUACAGAGGGCUGGAUAGACUGAUGGCUUGAAGAAGACACUGAGUCAGCUCCCAGCACCCACAUGGUGGCUCACAACUGUCUGUAACCAUAGUUCCAGGGGAUCUGACACUCUCUUCUGGCCUCCAAGGGCACCAGGCAUGAAGGUGUUGUAUAUACAUAUGUACGGACAAACAAACACUCAUACACAUAAAAUAGAAAUUAAAAAAACAUUUUGAAAAGCUCCAGUUCAGAUGUGUUCAU